AGACAGCGAGCGAAACACGACACCCAGAGCUCCGACAGAGGCACUGGGGGAGGAGAGAGAGUCGCGUUGUGUGAGUGAGUAGAAGAAUAAAAAAAGUGUGGAGAAAGAGAGAGGUAGCCGUCUCGUUUCGGAAUUUAACAGAGAAGAAAUCAUUUUGGCCGCGAGAUGUCUAAUAACGACGAAGAUGCGGUCGAGGCGGAGUAAACGGCGACAGGACAGUUGAGUGAAAGUAGUUGUAAACAAGCGAAGGGACGAAGGGUUUUGUUGGUUGUUCGGAGGAGUCGGGACGGCUGUACGCUUUUCCGCUACAACUUCUUCGGCGGAUUGAACGCUGUGUCUGGACAGCGAGGUCUCGGCCGUUCAACUCAGUGGAAACAACCUGUCGGUGGGCUGAGGCCAGGGUUAGCGAGGGAAGAGGCACCCGGGCGGCAGAAACUUUAUUUGAGCUUCCUCGACGACUUCUUCUUCUUCUUCAUUUGGAUCCAAAGGCUGAGACCAGACCGACUUUUUGUUCUCCAAGUCUCCGGAGGAAUUCUCCCGACACUCUUCGGAUCCUUGCCUGCAGUCUGACUUGAUCAAAACAAUGAAGACCCCCGGAGACACUGGUUUCGCCUUCCCAGACUGGGCCUACAAGCCCGAGUCGAGCCCCGGGUCCCGGCAGAUCCAGCUGUGGCACUUCAUCCUGGAGCUGCUGAGGAAGGAGGAGUACCACGACGUCAUCGCCUGGCAGGGCGACUACGGGGAGUUUGUCAUCAAGGACCCCGACGAGGUGGCCCGUCUCUGGGGGGCCCGCAAGUGCAAACCGCAGAUGAACUACGACAAGCUGAGCCGUGCACUGAGGUACUACUACAACAAGCGCAUCCUGCACAAGACCAAGGGCAAGCGCUUCACCUACAAGUUCAACUUCAACAAGCUGGUCCUGGUCAACUACCCCUUCAUCGACGUGGGCUCCGGUGGCAGCGCCGUCCCCCAGAGCGCCCCGCCCGUGCCCACCAGCGGCAGCUCCCACUUCCGCUUCCCCUCCACGCCCAGCGAGGUGCUGUCGCCCAAUGAGGAGCUGCGCAGCCCUGGGGGCGUGUUCGGGGCGGUAGCGCGCCGCAUGGGCCGCGGCUCCGUCAGCGACUGCAGCGACGGCACCUCCGUCAACUCGGAGAUCGAGGAGGGCAACGGGGGCGUGGCCGAGGAGCGCGGCGGGGAGAGGGGCCUGAGCGGGGGAGGGGGCGGAGGAGUGGGGUUCAGGGGCCUGAUCCACCCGCGCCUCUCCCACGAGUCCCUCCUCCGCAUGUACGGAGCGGGGAACCCCGCCGGCCACCACGGCUCCCGGGGCCCGCACAGGGGCCACCAGGAGCCCAUCUCCCCCUUCCCCGUGUCGCCGCUGCCGGGGCCCGGGGGCUCCGGCCUGCUGGCCCCGCCCCUCUCCCCGGCGCUCUCCAUGACCCCCUCCUCCCACCUGCCCUACACCCCCUCCCCCACCCUGUCGCCCAUGCUGGGCUCCCACUUCUCCUUCAACCCCGAGGACAUGAAGCGCUACCUGCAGGCCCACACCCAGUCGGUGUACAACUACCACCUGAGCCCCCGCGCCUUCCUGCACUACCCCAACAUCGUCAUCCCCCAGCCCCACCGGCCCAGCGUGGACAAGGCCGCCGAGAGGGAGAGGGAGAGGGAGAGGGGGGGAGGACUGGGCGAGAGGGGCGAGCGAGCAGCCGCAUUGGCCGGAGGCGAGAGGGAGCGAGAGAGGGAGCGAGACAGAGAGCGCCACCCGCAGCACCCGUCUCUGGCGCACGUGGCCCUCCAUCACCACCACCACCACCCCCACCAUCACCCGCCGCACUCGGCCCACCCGCACCCCCACCCGCACUCCCACCCCACGCACCACCCGCUGCACCUGGGGGAGGAGGCGGCGCACAUGUCCCCCUUCAAGUUCAAGCUGCAGCCGCCGCCGCUGGGCCGCAAGCAGCGCGGGGACGGCCAGGGGUCCGGCCGGCAGGGCUCCAUGUCCUCCGCCUCCGGGACCUCCACGUCGGGCAUGGGCUCCUCGCUGUCCUUCGGCAGCGACCUCAGCUCGGCCGGCGGCUCGGGCCUCGUGUCCAACUCCUCGUCCACGCAGUCGCUCAACAGCGCCGGGCUGCCCAAGAUCAAGGUGGAGCCCAUCUCAGACAUCGAGUCAGAGGAGGAGGUGGAGGUGACAGACAUCAGCGAGGAGGACCCCGACGAGGACUAUGAGCUCUUCUCCGCCCGCAAUGUCCGGGGCGGCCCCGCCCACCAGCACCCCCACCGCCUCAACCACACCCACCCCCACCUCGCCAACGGCAGUGCCCUGCACCACCACCACGGCAGCCACAACAACCACCACCCACACCACCCCCACCUCCAGCACAACCACCACCACGGGUACCAGCCCCACCAGCAGCACCACCCCCUCCCCCACCACCCCCUCCCCCACCACCCCCUCCCCCACCACCACCACCACCCCGACGACGACCUGGACGAGGACGUGUUCAAGGCGCCGGCCCCGCCCCCGCCCGGCCUCUCGCCCUUCGCCGUGUCGCCGCACCGCGCGCCCGCCCCCUUCACCCCCAGCGCCAUCGCCCCCGUCACGGCGGCGGCCAUCAAGAGCGAGCCGGCCGAUUCCCCGCCGCCCACCCAGUGCAUCCCGCUGAAGCUGCGCUUCAAGCGGCGCUGGAGCGAGGACCAGCGCAUGGAGACCUCGUCCCAAGAGGAGUCGGACGACAAGAAGGUGCGCGCCGAGCAGGAGAGGCAGCGGAACGGCGCCCGGUUGGAUACCAAGGAGGAGGAGGACAGCGGCCGGAGGCGGAGGGAAGGAGGAGGAGGAGGAGGAGGGGGGGAGGACGCAGACAGCCCGCCCCCCCUGGUGUACGAGCGGUCUCUGGCCCCGCCCCCGCUGCUGGCGUCCCACCGGAGGGUGAGCGCCGAACUGCACCGUGCCACGGCCCAGCUCUCCCUGGAGAACAAGACCUGCUGAUGGGACACACACACACACACACACACACACACACACACACACACACACACACACACACACACACACACACACACAGCCCCAACACUAAUGUCCCGGGACCACUGCUGAACCCCUGAGACUCCUUCACACACACGCACACUCCUCACACACCGACCGGCUAAGCAGGGCUCUCCUCCCCUCCUGGACUAGUAACCCUCCCCCCUGCCCACCCCCCCCCCCACCCCCCCCCCUCCUCCGGCCAGUGCAUCUACAAACAAAAAAACAAAUGUCUAAGUCCCGCCCACUCCAGCACCUCUCCUGCCUUGCAGACCCCGUCAUUGGUGGGGCUCACCUAUCAGUCUCUCCUCAUGGGACCUGCUGCUCAGUCUCUGUAGAGACGACAGGGUUUUGAUCAAAGUGCCUGUAUCUAAAACACAUGAUGAUGAAGUGAUGACCAAGAGUGGAGUUACGUGGGAGGGGUGAUUGUCUGUCACCACGUAAGCCUCCUUGGACAAACGGAGGGGGGGGGGGCGGGGGCUGUUUUGCUUAGAACAACUGACAAGACCCACUCCACUCAGGGAAGCCAAUCGCAGCUCACUUACUGGAUGGACACGCCCCCACAGCGCCCAACCAGUGGCCAGGGAAUGGAACUUGAGACCGUACCGUUAAGAGAAGAAAAAAUAUUAUUCUGCUCUUGGACCCCCUCCCCACGCACAUACACACAGAAACACACACACACACUUUUCUAAUACUCACACUCUCCAGCGAAAUGCUUUCAUUGAGUUUUUUAGACCUACUGUCUGUUACACUCCUAUCCACCCCCCUGCUUCUGCUUGUCCUGGACCAGCCCUGGACACACUUGGACUCGGACAGAUACCCCCCACCCCCACCCCUCUCUCUGAGAGAUGCAUGGAACGGGCCAGAGAUACGGAGACCACGCAAGGCAGGAGGAAAGGGAGUUUGUUGCGUAGAGUGCUUCUGUUGGGACCACCAGGUAGGGGCAAGUGGAAGAGGGAGGAGGAAGGCUCUCUCUUGGGGGAGGGAGGGAGGGUGGUUUGAGUGUCCGCCAAUGACUACUAGUGUAGUAGCCUAACAUAGCUUGCAUGCUUACCAUGUGUUUCACUGUGAGUUCCCCAGGGGCAAGGGAAGCUCAGUGCGCCUGCUUUCUGCGGUUUUAACAAUCAUGCUCAUGAUGUUAACUAAACCAGCAAACCUAUGCGCACCAACACACUAACACACGAGACACACUCACACACCUACAACACUGCCUUUAGCUUAUUUACUUUGGUUACCUCUCGCUCUCCUCCCUCCUCUCUCUAUCGGCUCUCUUCUCUCUCUCCUGCUCUCUCUCGGAGACCCUCUGUUUGGUCCUGAGACCGGAGAUAGAAAGAGAGUGGAGGGAGAGACCUGAGACCACCUGCCUGUAAAGCAGAGGUUUCCAAGCUGCGGGUCGACAGCCACUGCUGGCUCGUGGGAUGAUGCAUUUUCUCAAUGUCCUCUCCAAAUGUCUUAUCAGUUAUCCAUCCAUCGGUACGUAGGCCUAGCCUGGCACCGCCCACCUACCUACUUCCGCUCAAUUUUCAUUUCACUUCAGUACUAGGUCUGGGUCUGCUUCAUAUGCAUGGGUUCCUUGGAAGCCAGAUUUUUGGCGGUCCAAUCAGCGAACAGAGGGAGUGGCUGAGAACGAUGACGUUGAGGUCGCGCGCCAGUUUCAGUUGUAGUCAGAGGAAGACCAGGAAGACAAUGGAGAAGGAUACGAGAGAAGCUAUUCGGUCUGUUGUGGGAUCGCUGCCGAAUAUCAAUCAAUUAAAGCCGGAGCAAGAACUAGCUUUGCUGAGUUUUUGUUGGUGGCCAUGAUGUUGUUGGUGGCCACGAUGGUUCGGGAAAAGUUUGAUUUUCCAGCUGGCUCCGUUAGUGGUGAAGGAGCCGGUCCCGUCGCAUGACAUACGUCACGACCAAACGCUAUGCGAUUGGUUAUGGCAGAUCCAGAGUGGCACUGGGCAGAUCCAAUCAUUUUAAAACUUCCAACAGACACCCGCCUCCAAGUGAGUGAACGUUUGUCAAUUGAGCAGUUCCAGACCUUCUGUGCAAAAAUGAAAUGAAGUACGAUGGUCUGGUAGGACCAGGCUAACGUAGGCCAUCAGAGAGAAUCAAAUACACCCCAGGACCCUCUCGGACACACACAAACACACAUGCACACACACAUUGCCUCUCAAUGCCUUGUUUUUAUAGCAUGUACAAAGUCCAAACUGAGCUCUAACACACAUACGUACAAACUAUAUCUUUAUAUAUUCUAUAUGAAAUUAUUAUGAAACUGAGAUUUUAAAGAACCAUAGCAUUUUAAUGAUAUGACUGAUUCAGGAUUCUUUUUGUAAGUGGGGUUGUUUUGAUUGGCCAUAAGCGAUGUGUAUAUAAUUCUUCUUGGGUAACCAGGUGACCAAGGACAGUGGGGGGGGGGGGGGGGGGGGGGGGGGGGGUUGUUAUCAUAACAGGGAAGGGUGCGGGUGGAUCGUGGUUUCCUCCUACUUUUAUUUAAAUAGGAAAUAAGCCAGAAAAAAAGCACAGUUUAGUCAAAGACAAGAAUAAGACCAGUAACAGGGGAAACAAUUGAGAAAGCACACGGGAGGUUUUUGUGCGAUGAUAAUCAUUCAAACGUGUGUUGUUCACGAUGUGACCACGCACAUCCAUUCAGGGGCCAGCCCCCCCGCUAGCCUCCAGCCCAUGUGUACGGAUCAGCGUCAGCCCAGGGUAUCUCAUGCUAUUUGUGAAGUGGAAACCCUGUCCUUUAUCUUAGGCCAGUUAUCCUAAGGCCCAGGUACACCAGCCCGCCCCGGUCUAGGCUGCGAGCCAGCCAAGAAGGGGGCGAUAAGGGGUUAAUCAUUACUGUACGAUAACCUGGAAAAGCUGCAAGAACCACAUGUGAGGCCUGACCUGAAACGCUCUUCCCUCAAGCUAUGCACGCUCACACACCCACAUGCGUAUGCACACACACACACUCGCACAUGCGCACGCUCACACGUAUACACACAUUUGUUGCCAUAUAGUCUAAUACACAAAUUAGACACACACAUUCCACACAUGCUGAUUGUUACUCUACCCCUACAUGCACACACAUCAGCAUGUACACACCCACACAUAUGACUACAGACAUGCACACACACACCACACAGUCAUGGAAACGGUCAAAUUCACAAAUUCAGCAUACGAAUUAUACGUGUACUCAUCGUGACUUCACCCCUAAACACGCACAUGCACACGCGCGCAGACACACAUUCAGAGUCCAACAGACACAAAUACAACACACACAUUCCGCACAUGCUCAAUGUGGCUACACACUCAAACUCACGCACACACACACAUCCACAGUCAUAUAGAUACACCUCUCAAAUCCACACAUUCCACACAUGCCCGUUGUGACACCACCCCUGGAGUAUCCAUGUCCCAGAGAAGUGUAUGUCACUGGGGACCUGUAGAUCCUGGGUGGAGGGGGUACUGGGUCCACUGAUCAACAGCAGCGAGCGGUUGUGUGGGAGGGGGCAGGGGAGACCUCCAGGCUCCAUGAUAUGUGGCGUCGCUGAUCGAAUUCCCCUCAUCACUCACAUCCAAGUAGUCCGGGGCGGGUUGGAGCAUGUCAGAGCAUGCACACCCAGACACAUUAACACACACACACACACACACACACACACACACACGCGUACACGACCUCACUCCCUCACCACUAACAAUCCCCAUGUUUGUAACUCUACUGACAGCUGCCUUAUUACAAGUCUUUAUAUCUAAGCAACAGAUCAGGCAGCCCUCUUGCCUGCUCUGCAUUCUUUCAAUAUCUCUCCCUCUCUUUCUCUCUCUCACACUCUCUCCGGCUCUGUAUUUUUCUGUUCGGAAUCUCCUCUCCCCCUCUCUCUCUCUGUCUGUCUCUCGCUCGCCCUUUCUUGCUAUUGGUUUGUCUAUCUCGUUGCAGACUGUGGUGUGAUCUGACGGCACAAGACACGAGUACGACGAGACCCGUUUGAAUGGGCAUUUCUCUCUCUGUCUCUCUCUCUCCAGCUCUCUCUCUGUGGGCCUGCUCCUGGCCUUCUGCAGUUUAAAAUCACCCGUGGGCAAAGUGGCGCAAAACAUGGCAUUUCUCGCUAACAAGUCAUUUUUAAACAAACAAAAGAAGAAAAUUAUCUCCCGUAUUAUUUCUCGGAUGUCAAUAUUGCUGUUGAUUAUUGUUGUUAUUAUUAUUAUUGUUGUUGUUCUGGAUUAUUUACCUCCUCCCGCUGCAUUGUUAUUCCUUGGCCCGGUAAGCUGUUUAUGUUGUGUGCAUCACGAUGGACGAUGUGGACCCAUCCCCGCCUUCCCGCCCCAGCUUUUUGACCCCCGCCAGCCUCCUUCCCUCUGUCUUUGUAGUAAAUUCUCCAAGUGUAAGAUAAGUGAAACAUGUGUAAAAAAUGAACAUAAACCUGAUAUUGUGAGACGUGAUGGGGGGAGUUUGAGCGCGGAGGACGCAGCAUAUCGCUGAGGGGCAGAGGGGAAUAGGUUUAUCUUUUUUUCGUCAUCGUAUUGUAAUUAUUUUUUAUUUUAUAAUAUUCUCUCUUGCUCACUCUUGUACAUUAGUUUUUUUUUAAUUUAGCGAGGAGUUUUAUUGUUUUAAAAGAAGAGAAGGAUGUUUAUUGUUUUCCGUUUUAAGGUCUGUCGUUCCCUCUCUCUGUCAUCCCUCUCUCCUCUCUCGUCACCCCAAUGCAGUUACGUAACAGGGAUGGACAGACAGGAGCUAAUACCAUGAUGUAACAUUGAAUUUCUCUUCUUUCGUUCUUUCGUGUUCAUUAUUUUGUUUUGUUGUUUUUUCAAAACUUGUAAUUAAGAUGUAAUCAGGGUUAAUUAAAACUGGUUAAAACCCAA